CUCAGCUUCGAUAGUGCCCUUAACGUAUGUCAAUACUCUUUUAGAAAUUCUUAUAUACUGUAACCGAACAUCUAUGUUUUACAUGUCUAGUCAUUUCAGUAUCUAUUCGGCACAUGGUAGAAAAGAUUUGGACUUGAAAAUUGUUGAGUGAUAAAUACGAUGUAACUCAUUAGUAUGUAGACGAGGGUCUAAAAAAUUUCUUUAUUUCGUGGUUUUACUUAAACAGUAAUGUUCCCCCUUAAAUGCCUUUCUAUUGCUCCUAUACGUUUAAAUUGUUUUCAUAUUUCACCGUAGUUGAAUUUCCCACGAACUAUUUCCAUUUACGUAUUUCAUUUUAGAGGCGCUAAAACUCCAGUCUGGUUUAAGCCAUUCCCCAGUAUGUGCUAUUAUACGUCAAAUGUCUCAGUAUUACAAGACAUGACUAAUGUAUUUAUAUCUCUAGUUAAUUUUCAAAGUAAUAUUUUAUACAUUAUUUUCUACACUUUCAUCCGUCUCUUUGUCGCUUCCUUAGUUCUCAGUAACUAAAUAUUUCCUUUGUCUGUUCCCGUUUUCUUAUGUUAGUAAAAAAUAUAACAAACUUAAACUAUAUACAUAUCCCAGCUUUCAAAGUUCUCGUUGUCCCUAUCUGGAUUGAAUUAUGUAAAUUAUAUUCCCAGAACGGCUUCAAAAGUCACUCAGGACACUAUACAUCAACUUAGUCCGAAUAAGGCCAGUCAAAACAAACUUGAAGUUUAGACAGGAAUAAGAUGAGUGAAUGUUUUGCUAAGAGAUUCCUAACUUGAGAGCAAAUUCAUAACUUCCUGUAUAGAAGUACGUUUACAACUCACUUUGCAUAUAAAAAGUACCGGGGUGUUUUAUUUAUAAUCAGUGACAGCAAUGUUAUGGACAGUAAUCAUUUAGAUUCCAUGUCAAUAGGGUGCAACAAUUACUUGUGGUAAAAUACUAAUAACUCACUUCUGUUUGAAUUAUGCACUUCUGUUAUCUAGGAAAGUCUAGCAUUUAUAUCACCUACCCUAAAACACAGAGCCUCCAAAGUCCCCCUCUCGAGUUCUCAUCGUAUCCAUCGUUCUCUUCCGCUAUGUUUGCGACUGUCUAACGAACUAAUUUAGCUAUUCAUUCAAGCGCUGCCAUACGAGAUAUGGACGGUUUUUGUCAGGAAAUUAUCACCAGUAUGCAAUUCACUUCAGUCGGAUAAGAGUUACAAUACUCGGGUUCAAGACAUGAACUUAUUUCACAUUCCUGGUACUACAUGGUUUGAGUAAUUAAUUGUAACCAAGUUCUAUCCUUCUUACUAUUAUACGAGUAAACUUGUCUGCGUAAUUUUGCUAUGUACCUUGUUAACAGUAGAGUUGGUUGUUUCUUGACAAUGGAAGGAAUCUAAUACUGGACCACGAUACCAGAUCACGUGGCACAUAAAUUGAUCAGUUAUCCGACCAAUAAUUAAGAACUAGAUUUGAUCUAACGAGAUUUUAUAAACACGAUGUACAAGCAGUUAAAAACUAGUAAGAUCAAAGUAAAAUCACUUCUAUAGACAAAACAGUCUGAUUUAGUAUAGCUGGACGUCCAACUUCGCUCACUGACCAACCACAUUUUUUGACACACCAUUCUGGUUUCUUUCAGUAACAUUUAAAAUUGUAAAACAUUCGAGCUCCUCAUGUUUUAUGACAGAUACUGGAACACUAGGUGGAAAUGUCAGUCCAAACUCUAGUGACUAAAAAGCGAAAGGAGUUUAUUGGACUCCCGGCACCCUUGGGAUAUGCUGCUGGUAUAGGACGUGGUGCUGUAGCGUUUACUACAAGAUCUGAUAUUGGUCCGGCCCGAGAAGCUAAUGAUGUUUCAGAUGAACGACAUGUCGCUCCAUCUAAACGUCGAAAGGAGCAAGAAGAGGAAGAGGAGGACCUAAACGAUUCAAAUUAUGAUGAGUUUACAGGCUAUGGUGGUAGUUUGUGUGCAAAAGAUCCUUAUGAGAAGGAUGAUCAAGAAGCAGAUGCUAUUUAUGCUUCUAUUGAUGAUAGGAUGGAUGAACGACGGCGGGAGUACAGAGAAAAACGUUUUCGUGAAGAGAUCGAAAAGUAUCGUCGUGAAAGACCAAAGAUUCAACAGCAGUUCAUGGAUUUGAAGCGUGAUUUAGCGAGUGUAUCUGAAAGUGAAUGGAAUGCUUUACCGGAAGUUGGCGAUUCACGAAAUAGGAAGCAAAGAAACCCUAGAUAUGAACGUUUUACUCCGAUCCCAGAUAGCAUAAUUGCAAAAGGCUUGUCUGAUGGUCAAACCAAUGUUUCUGUAGAUGUAAUUGAACAAAGUUUAGGAGGCUUAACUACACCGUUUACUUCACAAGCAGCUCAAAUGGAUAUUGAUAUGAAGAAAAUUGGUGAAGCGCGUACUUCUUUGAUGGAUAUUAAGCUGACACAGGUUUCUGAUAGUGUAUCAGGACAAACUGUUGUUGAUCCCAAAGGGUAUUUGACUGAUCUACAGUCUAUGAUUCCUCAACAUGGUGGUGAUAUAAACGACAUGAAAAAAGCUCGACUCUUAUUAAAAUCGGUACGCGAAACUAAUCCUAAACAUGCUCCUGCUUGGAUUGCAUCUGCUCGUUUAGAAGAAAUAGCUGGUAAACUUCAGGUUGCGCGCAACUUAAUUCUUAGUGGGUGUGAAGAAUGCCCUAAAUCAGAAGAUAUUUGGCUAGAAGCAGCACGGUUAGUACCACCCGAACAAGCAAAAUCUGUUGUAGCUCAAGCUAUACGUCAUUUACCUCAGUCGGUCCGCUUAUGGGUAAAAGCAGCCGACUUAGAAACAGAGCAUAAAGCUAAAAAAGUUGUAUUUAAAAAGGCAUUAGAACAAGUCCCAAACUCUGUAAGGUUGUGGAAAUUGGCAGUUGAAUUGGAGGAUGAAGAUGAUGCCCGACUAAUGUUAUCUUUAGCUGUUGAAUGUUGCCCAACGUCUGUUGAAUUAUGGCUUGCAUUAGCUCGUCUGGAAACUUAUGAACAAGCUAGAGUUGUUUUGAAUAAAGCUCGCGAAAGCAUUCCUACAGACAGACAAAUUUGGUUUGCAGCUACUCGUUUAGAGGAGGCUCAAGGAAACCAAAAUAUGGUACAGAAAAUUGUUGAUCGUGGUGUCGCAUCUUUACAAGCAAAUAUGGUUGAAAUUAAUCGUGACCAGUGGAUUAAAGAUGCAGAGGAAUGUGAAAAAGCUAAAAGCGUUCUUACCGCUCAAGCUAUAAUUAAAGCUAUUAUAGGAUAUGGUUUAGAAGAACAAGAUAAAAAGCAUACAUGGUUGUCAGAUGCAGAGAAUUGUGCUACUAGCGGCGCAAUAGAAUGUGCUCGUGCUAUUUAUGCUGUAGCAUUGGCUCAUUUUCCUACAAAGAAAAGUAUUUGGCUACGUGCUGCUUAUUUUGAACGAAAUCAUGGAACAAGAGAAACUUUAGAAGAACUUUUGCGUCAAGCUGUUAGUCAUUGUCCUCAAGCAGAAGUGCUUUGGCUUAUGGCAGCAAAGACACGCUGGCUUGCAGGUGAUGUCCCAGCAGCUCGUUCUAUUCUAGCUCGUGCAUUUGAAGCUAAUCCCAAUUCAGAGGAGAUAUGGUUAGCUGCUGUAAAACUUGAGUCAGAAAAUAAAGAAUAUGCACGUGCACGUCGUUUACUAGAUAAAGCUUGUGCUUCUGCUUCUACAGCUCGUGUAUGGAUGAAAGCGGCUAGAUUGGAAUGGUGUUUAGGUGAAUUAAAUAAAGCUUUAGAAAUGUUAGAAAAAGCUACAUCAACAUAUAAUCAGGCACCAAAGCUGUGGUUAAUGCUUAGUCAAGUUUAUGAACAGUUGUCAGAAGAAGGCUUAAAACCGAAUGAGGUUGAAUCAUUAAAAGAACGUGCUAGAAACACCUAUCGCGAAGGACUGAAUCAUAACCCACAUUAUACUGCCCUGUGGUUGCAGUUGGCCAGAUUUGAAGAACGACAAGGUAACUUAACUAAAGCACGUUCCAUUUUGGAGAAGGCCCGUUCACAAAAUCCUAAAACACCAGAACUGUGGUUGGAGGCUAUCAGAUUAGAAGUAAGAGCUAAUUUGAAACCUGUAGCUGAUUCACUUCUUUCAAAAGCACUUCAAGAAUGCCCAACAUCUGGUUGUUUAUGGGCUGAGGCAAUAUUUAUGACUCCUAGAGCUCAGCGUAAAAGCAAGUCAGUGGAUGCUUUAAAGAAGUGUGAACAUGAUCCACUGGUACUUCUAGCUGUAUCCAAAAUGUUUUGGUGUGAACGACUGGUCAUGAAAGCUCGUAAUUGGUUUACAAGAACAGUGAAACUAGAACCAGAUCUUGGCGACGCAUGGGCUUACUUUUACAAAUUUGAAUUACAACAUGGGACGGAAGAUCAACAGAAAGAAGUAUACCGACGUUGUGUUACUGCAGAACCUCAUCAUGGUGAAGUAUGGUGCCAAAUCAGUAAAGAUCCUAAGAACUGGCGAUUAAAAACAAAAGAUUUAUUAAAAAUUGCAGCAGAAACAAUUGUUUUACCAAGUUGA